AUGGAAUAUAAUGAAGACGCCGGGUAUGAUGUAAAGACUGCUUCUGAGCUCGGUUACGCUACUAGCGCAGACGGAAGGGGCGUAAACCACGAAGAUAACAACCCACUGCUGACCGAUAUUGUUCCAAAUUCUUUUGAUGACCAAGACACGGCGGUAUAUAAACGGCGUUGGUAUAUUCUGAUCACGUUUUCGUUAACGGCCUUCACACAGUCGGCUGCUUGGAAUACGUGGGGACCAAUAGCGGAUACUGCCAAGUCCGUCUUAGGAUGGUCAGCGGCUGACAUUGCAUUGUUAACAAACUGGGGUCCUAUUGGAUACAUUCCAACUGCGUUAUUUUGGGCAUGGCUUAUGGAUGUCAAAGGCAUGAGGGUGUCCUCACUGAUGGCAUCGGCGUUAGUUGCAGCUGGUUUAGCAAUACGAUGCAUACCAGUCCCAAUGCAUCUCAUGAAACUGACUAUGAACGUCGGUCAAUGUUUGUGUGGCAUUGCUGGUCCAGUACUAAUGGCUGGUCCAACAAGUAUAUCGGUGACAUGGUUUCCACCCAAUGAAAGAACCACUGCUACCGCCAUUGCAUCCAUAUUUGCAUAUUUUGGUGUUGCAGCAUCAUUUUUAAUCGGACCAAUGAUUGUUAAAGAUAGAACUACAGGGACGAAUACUACUAUGUCACCAAUAAAUACUACAGAAUUAGAAAAAGGAGGUUGGGCAGCAUUGUUAUUUUUAAUAGCAGUUGUAUAUUUCCCUGCCAAACCACCACUGCCUCCAAGCAGGUCAGCUUCUAUACAAAGAGUUGAAUACAAACCUGGAAUUUUAAAGUUGGUCAAAUCAAUUCAGUUUUGGUAUUUAGGUUUAGCAUAUGGACUUACAACAGGUGUAUAUGCUGGCUGGGGUACAGUAGUGGAUAUCAUUCUGAGAAAUGUUGGGACUUCGGGUGUUUCCCAGUCUGAAGCCGCCUGGAUUGGGUUUUGGGGAAAUAUUGCUGGUUCAAUUGGAGGUUUAUUUAUAGCAAGGGUUGUUGAUUGUAUAGGUGGUCAUAUAAAAAUUAUAUUAUUGAUAUCAUAUGGUUUAUCAGGGAUAACAAUUGGAUGGUUUUUGUUUCUACGUUAUGAUAUAAUAGCUUUUCACACUGUUAGCCUCUAUGUCUCUUUAAUCUCAUUGGGAUUUUUACUGACUGCCUCGGUACCAUUGAUUUACGAAUUAACAGUGGAAAACUCGUAUCCAAUAGCAGAGGGAAUCACCACAAUAGUACUCACAUGGUUGAAUAAUUUCUUCUGUUUACUAUUUCUGGUAAUCUUGAUGAUACCGUCAGUAGGGACUGCAUGGAUGAAUUGGAUGUUGUUAUCUUCCGUUGUACUUGCAAUACCAUUAUUAAUUCUCUUCAGGGAAAAGUACAAUCGUAUGAUAGUCGACAAAUUACCACCAAACCAAUCGAGCACAAUUCAAAGUUGA